CUACAUACACGUGAACCCGUGGAUCAUGUGGUUACCUUAUGCUAGCCGCAAUACGGGCCUUUUUGCGUCAGUGGACCACGAUGAACGUUACACGUUGGUCGUGUGCUUCCCGUCGCUACUUUAAGAUGUUAAGAAAAACGUGAGGUCUUUCGACAGUCACAUAACUCACAGCUGGAAGUGUCCAAAUGCAACGAACUGUUUGAUCCCGAGGACCAAGGAUGUCAAAACGACUGAGCUUCUAUGGUCUAAUAGGCCUGGCGUCCAUUUGCAUCUUCUUCUUAGCAUUUAAUCAACGCUACAGCAGCUACCUUGAGCAUCGACUGCAGCCGGUGAUAUCGGAUGUGGAAAUAAGGCCACGCAUCAUCAAAAUUCAAGAUCCAGUAACGGCAUAUUUUAGAGGGUCCAUUGAAAAUGUUACACUUUCUGAAAUACAAGAAGUUGUUGAUCAACAAAGAAAAGCAAUUGAAAGAGAGAUGGAAGGGUACAAAUAUCCCAAUGGAAAAUAUGGAGUUAAUGUUAGUAAGCUAGAAGACUUAGUAUUAGAAAAAGGAGGGAGACCCAUGAGAAGUGUGAUUUUAACAAGCUGGAGAAGUGGUAGUACGUUUUUUGGAGAUGUGAUCAACGCACAUCCGGCCAAUUUUUACCACUAUGAACCUCUUCUUGAUUUUGGAAUUGUACAAAUUAGGGGGCCACCACUUGCUGACGAAGCUCUUAGCAACCUGGAAGCAUUAUUAAGAUGUGACUUUAGUAAUCUUGAUCGAUACUUGGAUUAUGGUAAAACGCAUCCUUGGGUCUUCAAUCAUAAUACUCAUCUAUGGAAACAGUGUCAAAUUCACAAAAAAAUUUGUUGGGACCCACGAUUCGUUUCGAAAUUUUGUAAAUUAUUCCCCUUUCAAUCGAUGAAAAUUGUCCGUUUAAGAUUGCGCGCUGCAGAAAAACUCCUGGAGCAAGAAGAUUUAGGAAUACGUUUAGUUCUAUUGAUUCGCGAUCCAAGAGGAAUUUUACAAUCGAGAAAGCAUCGAGAAUGGUGCCCGACCGAACCAGAUUGUUCUAACCCUGCAUUAGUAUGUGCAGACAUGGUUUCAGACUUCAGUGCAGCUGUUCGACUAAUAAAAAAAUAUCCACGUACCUUUAGGGUGGUGCGUUACGAAGACUUAUCUGUAGACCCCUAUAGACACGUGAAGGAACUGUACAAUUUCUACGGCUUGGACUUUCACAUGAACGUGAAGAAGUUUUUAGAUACUCAUACAAAGAACGACGUGGGUGGUGUCUCGAGCACUUUUCGAAAUUCGAAAGUGGCACCCUUUCAUUGGCGAACAGAUCUUGAUUUCGAGGAAGUCGACGAGAUACAAAGAGUGUGUGCGGCUGCAAUGCGUUUGUGGGGAUACGUUAUGGCAUCAAACUCCAGCCACCAAAAGGAUUUCGAUCCUCUCACCGACUACCAACUACAAUUAUGACAUGUGGCAUAGUGUACGAUAAAUGUCUAGUAUCUGUAUGUAACUAUUACUGUGUAGAGUGGUUAUAAUUCUUAGCUUAUUUGCACAGAUUACCGAAAUUAUCACAAGUGCCCUCAUUCACAUUGAAAAGGUGGUGCUGAUAGCUUGUCUAGACAAGCGCUUAUGAACUCUUAUGAUCAAUUGCCUUUACUGAUCUGUUUUAGAUUAGUAAAAACAAAAAAAAAAAGAACAAUGAAAAAAUAGCAAAUUAUUGGACCUCAUAAGACCAAUGGUGAAACUUGUUCCUUAAAAAAUUUAAGAGAUGCAUAAGUGCUCUUCAGAAAGAACAGUCUCAAUCUAGAAUCUUAGACCAGUGUAUUAGGUGCGAGGAUUAGAGGUUCCUAAAACCCUGGUACACAACAAGGAAACAUCCAUAUCAACGCAAAUAUUAAACGAACCUAAAUAAUAAUCUUUUUUAGAAUUCAAACUUUAAACGUCGCGAUCUUGAUAUUAAUGUAACCAUAACACAUUAGGAUUUUCCACUGAAAUAUUAAAGAAAGAAAAAAAUAUCAAAAUAUCAAACAUUUGCAUAAAACGUUACUUUUUAUUGGGUCUUCGAUAAAAGUCUUACUUUAAUACAUUAUUUUACUGCGUAAUUUUAGUUCUUUCGAGAAUGCAUAUAUGCAAUUGUUUUACUUGCAAUACCGGUUAUGUAAAUGGGCCAAAUUUUAAUACUCUCGAUUUACAAUUGUUAUUGCUUCUGUCUUACACUCUGAUAUUGUUAUUGUUUCUUAAAAAAGUGUGUAAGAUCGAAAUUUCGAAAACAAGAUAAAUCUGUAAAUAAUCAGCACUAGUUAAAUAUUGGUGUGUCCAUUGUUUUAUUAUGCCUGAAAUAUUUUUCUUUGAGAAUAGUUUCCACGUAACCGGCCUUGAAGCCAAAAAUAGAUGGUAGUGUUAUAUUUGCAUUAGUUAAUUACCUAUAAUUUCGUAAAAAAUUGUGAAAUCACAAACUUUUAUUCGAAUCGCUAUCAGAUUAUAUUUACUAUCUUAUCAAUUGUAUAUUUUUUACUCAAUGUAUUAUAUAGCUAUUAACAUGAAUUUUUAAUAAAUGUGUACAUUAUA